CUUUUGGUGGAGGAAUGCUUGUCACCUACUCCUUUAAGUUCCCAAACUCUCUAUACUUUGAGAGAAAGAGAGAGAGAAGAAGAAAAUUAAGUGUUUUCGGUAUCUGGUUCUGCUGCUCUUGUGUUUUGUUGCAAUGGAGAAGCACAAAUGCAAGCUUUGUCCAAGGUCUUUCUCUAAUGGCAGAGCUUUAGGUGGUCAUAUGAAGGCUCACUUGGCUGCUCUUCCUCUUCCUCCAAAGAUUCCUCUUUACCACCAACAGCAGCAACAGCAAGUCGUUGAUUGUACUGACUCUACUUCGUCUUCUUCUUCGGGUGAAGAACGGGAAGUGGAAGAUGGUAAAAUUGGACAAGAAGGAGAAGAGAAAUCUUUGGGUUAUGGGUUGAGAAAUAAUCCCAAGAAAAGUUUCAGACUUGCAGAUCCUGAGUUUUCUUUUGCAGUUGAUUCUGUGUCUGUUGUUGUUCAAGAUAGAGAGAGUGAGACCGAGUCAAAAAACCCAACUCGGAGACGAUCUAAAAGAACCCGAAAAAUAUUCACUGCUUCUUCACUGUCACAGGAGGAUCAGAAUACAAAAGUGAAGAAACUCAGUUGCAGUGAGUCACCAACCGAGCCGGAGCCGGUAAGCUCAGUCUCUGAUACUUCUCCUGAAGAGGAUGUUGCAAUGUGUUUGAUGAUGCUUUCAAGAGAUGUGUGGAUGAGAAGCAAUGAAGAAGAAGGGGAUGAAAAUGGUAAAAAAAGGGAAAGAUCAGUAAAGCAUCGAUGUGAGAAAUGCAAGAAAGUGUUUCGAUCUUAUCACGCAUUGGGUGGACACAAGAAAGUUUGUGAAGUUGCAGAAACAAGAAAUGGAGGUAAAGUUUCGAUCUUUGAGUGCCCAUUUUGUUUUAAAGUAUUUGGGUCAGGUCAAGCUCUCGGUGGCCAUAAGAGAUCUCACUUGUUGCCUUCAUCAACUACUGCUGCUGCUGCUGCAACUGCUACUGUUACACAUUCUGCUAAAUUUGACAACACUUUGAUAGAUCUUAAUCUUCCUGCUCCAUUGGAAGAAGACGACUACAGUGUGGUUUCGGAUGCAUAACACCGCAGUCAGUUGGUUGUUUUAGCUUUAAAGUAAAAAAAUCAAUGAUGAACCAGACUCAUCUCAAUGGAAAUGGAUCUACUAUCUGAUUAAAGAAGGAAUUGGGUUUUAUUUACCUGCCUUGAAAUGAACGAAAAGCAAGUGCCAUGCUGUUAUUAGAGAAGAAUUAGUCAGAUUAAUUAAAUAAUUAAAAAUAGAAAAGGACAUGUCAGUCAAUAAAUGAUUGGUGUUUAGGUUCCUUUCUUUCAUGCAACACAUCUCUUUCUCCUUAAAUUGUACUGGGGAUUAGU